UGUUUCCAUUGUGGGUGUAACAGGUGAUUACAGUGAAGCGUAUCUGCGAGCUGCGUUGGAGUUGUUUUGAGAGAAAAAAACCACCUUAUUUUUUGUACAACCACAUUUCUACCGAUAACUGUGACAACCCUACAGCCAGUGUAUUUGUUUACAGGUUUAUUUCCGCCCACGUCUUCGAAGAUAAAAUGGAGAGGGACUCAACCGGUACUGCAGAAAAGACCGAGCCGGCUUCGCCUUUGAGGAAAAAUAUGAAUCAAGACACCUGCGCAGCGAAUUCCCACAGCUCCCUGGUUGAAACCUGUGGUGCUACUGAUGUGGCAAAGGCCAGGUGGACUCUACUCAGACAGGUGUUGCGUCAGAAGCAGGCGGACACUCCAGAAGUCAAACAGGUGUCUGUUCGCAGGUUCGCAACGUUUGACCUUUUUGCCAGGAAAAGGCUUCUGACACAAAACUCUAGCGAUAACUCAGAUGACCAGUGGGUGGAGUACAGAAGUGUCUACUUCCCCGAAUACAGUGCCUUGCUCAGGGAUAACCUGGGGCCCAUCAGAGUUAAUGAAGUGCUCAACAGUUUUGACAACACCGGUAAUGUCUCAUUCAGGACACCGAUUUUGACCUGCACCAGACAGACAGACAGACCAAUAUUCCUCUCUGGUCCCUUUCCUGUGUCAGGAGGGGACGAAGACAAACAGGUGAUGUCACUUCCUGCUGAGGACAAUCAUACAGGAACAGGCCAGGAGCCUCCAGAAAUGCUGUCUUCGCCAUAACAACCCUGACCACAGCCAAGAUCACACACACACACGCACACCAGCACACACACACACACACACACACACACACACACACACACACUAGCACUAUUGUUAGCUCCAAACUGUUCGGCUCGGUUUAUUGACAUAAUUUCUGCAGCAUUGUACAUUUCUGUCUGUCUGUGUGUCUUUUUCCCUGAUCUCACUUCCUUCAUGCUUUUCUAUCUCCUUCUUAUUUCGUCAGUUUCAACACUGUGCGUUUGUUUCUCAUACACGUUGCAUUUGGUGAAAUAUCUCUCACCUCCGCCAGCAUCAUGCUGCAUGUUUAGUGGUGUCAGUCUUUACACAGCUUACUCUUCAUCAACAAAAGCACAUCAAUCUGAAACUGCUGGAAAACACUUUGACAUCUUAAAUAUUUAGUAAAAGUUGCAGCUUGGGUGGGUGGCCAGUGUGUACUAUGUAACUGCUGCGUCCUUUGUUGGAAUCUGGCUGUCAGCCUGUCUACGUCUUUCCCUUUAUUUCUUGUCAAGUCUCUGCUAUCAAAUAAAAAUGACAAAAGGCCAAAAGGAAAAACAAAAUCAACUAAACCUUUAAGACGUGUGGGAUAUUGUUGACAUGAUCACUCACUUUACAUAUUGUUUACAAGGUAUUUCUAGCAUCACCAAUGUAAUCAUCCCUGUUUGAUUACAGAAAAGUAAAUAAUGAUAAGUGAUAGUUAUUUAUAUAGCCUUUUAGAUUGGGACAAUGUCCAGCCUUGUAAUUGUUCUUGCAUGUAUAGGGUCACCAAUGAAAACAACACAAUAUAAAACCAUGAACAUGUAUAACAUUUGUUGUCCCACUACAUUAUUUACUGUAAAGCAGCAUGCUUUGUCGUGCACUUAAAGCAAGAACAAACGGUGAAGACCUCGUGGAGGCCACAGUGCUGCUCCCCUGACCUGCAGUACCUCCUCUGGCCUGAAGGUGGGAGCAGUGGCUGCAGUUUGACAGCUUAGCUGCAGUAGAGGAAGACCUGCAGCGCUCACAGAGCAGCUCCUGAACUACUGUCUACUUUUCUUGAUUCAGUAAAUACAACAUACAAUGACAGGAUACAGUUACAAAGUGCAACAAGCUUAUUCAAAUAGUCUGGUGAUUAAUAGUCUGUGUUUAUUUUGCUAUCUGCAUGUUUUUAUCUCAUCUGUUGCUCAUCUGUUGCUGUGGGAUUUAAUAGAUUUAAGGGAGUGUAGUUUCCUUUGUUUUGUUUUUGAGCUAACUUGUCCGUGUCCGUAAGGGUCUAUUCUGUUCUGUUCUAUUCUAUUCUGUUCUAUUCUAUUCUUCUCUGUUUUCCAGGACUGACGUUGAGAAAAUAGAGGGUACAGUGAACAGUUGAUUACACAUCGUCACUCUCUACGAAUUUGCCUUGAUGUGCGCUCUUAUGUGUGCUCUUAAUUGAUUGACCCGUUGCUAUGGAUCGCCUUGUGGUCGGCCUCAGUCAAUACUGCCAGGUCUUAGUAUUCCUGGGUGAGGGAGGGAGCAGGAGAAUGGGGGAGAAAGAAAGAAUAAGAGAGAGGGAAGAUAUUGAUCAGCUGCCUUGUGCAUCGAAUUCCAAGUUUACCUGACCUUCCAAACUGCUGCCAUCAUCACCCUCGUACACCGGUGACGGCCAUUCCUCUCACGCUUUCUUCCUGCUUUCCUCACUUCCCUGUCUUGUCCCACUCCCGUGUGGAUUUGUGCGUGUGUGUGUGUGUGUGUGAGCGAGUGUGUGAGCGAGCGUCCAUUUCUUCUGUGUGCGUGUGUGUGUGUGUGUAUGCAUGCUUGAGCUGCAGAUAAAGCCUAAAUUGAGCUGUUUUGAUUGUUCACUGAGAGUGCCCGCAGCACAAGGCCCCUCGGCUGAGGAGCACACACACACGCACACACGCGCGCGCACACACACACACACACACACUUCAGCCCCGCUCCAGUCACUCUGCUCUCUCUCUCCCCUGCCUUUCUAUUAAGUGGUGUUGGCAACAGUAGUGAAAAUUCUUUUAAUUACUAGUCAGAAUAACUUUCUGUCUCUGCGAUGAAGCACUGAAAAACGCCUCCUGCAUGUCUUAAUGUCUCACAAGCACUAACACGGCUUUACAAGUCUAGUUUUUUUUUCGGGGCUGGGUUAGCUGUAGGGCUAACUAUAUGGAGGGUGUGUUUUGUUAAAGGUGACUCGUAAAAGAAAUAGUUUUAGUGACUUAAGAUUAGCUGUAAUAAAGCUGUACUCAACUAAAGACAUUUGUGGUCGUUAAGUAUUCCUUUGGCUCAUUUAUAUGAUGACUUAUAGAAAAAUCAUCUCUUUUGUAAUAUUGUUUGUCUUCAAAUUGAUGGAGUCAUGUAGAAGGAUGUCCUGGUCAUGAAAGUUCAAAGAAUAUUCAUGCAAUUUAUUGAGAUGCCAGAGAUGUGAGUUUUUCUAGUUGACCCUAAGGACAGAUUAGUCGGGCUACCACCUCUUAUUCAUUUAGUGUUUCUUUUCCAUUUGUAUUCAUUGCUAUAUAAUGUCCACUAUUCUUUGUGUACAUUCUGAGGACUAUAGACUGAGUGUGUGUUACAUCUAGUGGUGCUCACAUAGAUUUACAGUCUAAAGUCAGUGUAUGAAUAUGAAACACUAGUGUUAUUAAUAUAAAUACGAUCAACACACGCAUGUUAAGGUGCAAGAAGCCCAAUUUUUUGCACACUUGGAUCUAAUGCAGAUAUUAAUGAUAAAACCAAACCCGUGGUCACAUUUGACUCCACUGACGGUGUAGUGACUUCUAAUGAGAUAUAAACAACGUGCUCCAGCUACUCAGAGGUCUCCCAUGGGAAUCCCUUUGCUCCUGUACCAGAUUUACAGCGAUGCAUUGGCAAGUCUGGUGGUUUCACAGGGAAAUACAUAUUUGUUGAUUUGAAAAGGGAAUGAACCUGAACCAGAGUCCAAUGAUACCAUACAAUUAUGCAAAUGCGCACUUAGAAACAAACUGCACGCAAAUGAUUUGGCGGAAACGCUUUAGGAGAGUGAGAGGUGUGUAUGUGUACACAUGGAUGUUGGCAUGCGAAAACAAAUGCAUUGGACAUUGUUCUCUGUCUGUACGCAGGCACGCACGCACACACACGCACGCACACACACACACACACACACACACACACACACACACACACACACUCCAGGGAUGAUGUCUGGCUAGGUGGAUAAAGUAGUGCUAUUGUAAUUCGAUAGAUGGCUUUCCCUAAGAUAAUCUGCCUUAAACAGAUGAUCAUUUUGGGAGUAGAUUUGAUUGAUGUGAGACAAGCAGGGAAAGAACAAGAGGGAGAUGGAGAGAGAGAGAGAAGUGUGUCUGUAUUUUUUAACUGUGUGUGUGUGUGUGUGUGUGUGUGUCUGAGAGAGAGAGCGAGAGAGAGAGAGACAGAAAAUGAAAAGGGUAUGUAUGGUGAAGAACGUUAUUUUGUGCCAGCUGGACUCUAAAUGAUGCUCAAACUGGGACUUCUCUGUCUCUCUUCGUGCUGUCAUUGUUCAUGUAACCAAUCACACGUUCCUAUUUUACCUUAUUUUAUGUCCUUGUUAUUUAGCGUUUGUGAUGCACAUUCAUGUUUAACUCUCAACAUUUAAAAAAACUUUGCCCGUAUUCUUCUUAUUGUUGCAGCAGCUUUGAUACACUUCGGCUCUUGUUUUAUGAUCUGUAAGACAUUCUACAACAUGUGGUUUGAGUUUAGGUUAGUUUUGGAAAAUUAAAAAUAAUUUUAGGCAAGAGCAACCAGUUGCCCACAUUUCUGAAAUGGACCAUGUUUGGUGAGGGUUUAGAAAGGGCUUGUUGGUCCAACUCUCAGAUUUCAAGCUGGCAAAGCUUUAAAUAUGUCGUCGCUAUGAAACUAACAGACACCGUAAAUAUAAUUUGGAACUGGCCGGUUUUUAACGGGUCAGUUCACCUCCAUGACACAAAACUACAUUUGCUCUCUUGCCCCUUGUGGUUUCCUGCAACACAAAUAGUAUUGGUUUGUUUGGGGGAAAUAAAUCAAAGCCAUCUGCGUGGUUAGAUUACACGAAGUGAGGAAAUAGAUUUUUUUCGAAUGUGGGAGAAUUAACCUCACCCCCCUGUUAACCUUUCUCAAAUGACAGUUCAUUUGCACAUACAUUCAUAAUUCAUGUGAUUUAAACAGCUGUUUGUAUUUUACUGUGGGUUACCAACUUUCCAUCUUUGUGCCUCUCUCCUCAUCAGAGGCUCAGUCUUCAUCCGUUCCUGCUGAUAACCCGAGUGGCCUUUAUUACCUCUCUCUUCCUUCCUUUUUUCCUCUCACUUCUAUCUGCAAUAUAUUUUGUAUUUUCUUCUCCCGUCUCACUCUCUCUGUCUGUCUCUGUCUCUCUGUCUCUCCGUCUCUGUCUCUCCGUUCUCCUCUCCCAACAUAAUCCUCUGCUCAAGCCCCUAGGUUGCCGUAGAAACAUCAAUAACAUUCCUGCUUGACAACAUCUUAGUGCAUUAAAGUGGUCGUAGGGAGACUCGACCACUACGACAGCACACACACACACACACAUACACACCACACACUGAAGGCCAUCACUAGGAUUCCUGCAAAAAUAGCAACUACUCUGCCAUGUUUGAGUAACAGAGGGAAAGAAAUCAGUUGUGUAGAUAUUAAAACCUGAAGGAUCUUCUACAAUCUCAAGUACUCUCUUACUAUCAAAUUAAUUCUGUCACAUUUUCUUAUAAUUGGUGACGUAACAAAGACACUUUAAUGCACACAUUUGGUGCAGAUAAAGAAAUAUUUUUUAUGUUUCAAUUUCUCUAUUUUGGCAUCUUUCUGCCAUACAUGUUCUUAAUGGCUGCAGGGCGUUGUAGUGAUUAUCAAGAGGAUUAGCUGUCGUCCACUCUGCUGCUUGGCUGUGGAGCAAGAUCUACAGGGGGGCUUCAGGCUGCAACUAAUGAUUAUUUCUGUUAUUGAUUAAUCUGAAGAGAGUUGUCUCAAUUAAUCGUUAAAUAUCAGAAGAUAGUGAAAAUGCACAUAAAAAUGUCCAAAAGCCGGAUGUAACAUCGUCAAAUGUCUUGUUUUGUCCACUAUUUCGUUACCGAUGCUAAUAAACAAAGGGAAGUGGCUUAUCCUCACAUUGGAGAUGCUGGAACCUCAACGUUAUUGCUUGAAAAAUCACCUACAACUAAUCGAUUAUUAAAAUAGUUGCAGACACAUAUUUUGUUGUCGAUUCAGCUCCAGACAGUUUCACAAAUGUGAAACUGAUUUAACUGGUGUUUAAAAUGGCUCUCAUUUGGACACUUCUUGAGCGCUUAUUUAUGUGUUUUAGGAAGCUAUUAUACUGAGGAAAAUGUGCCUUAAGGGUCAAUAGACUUUUUCAUAAAACCUUUUAGUUAGACCUUUUGGGUAUUUUUAUAACCAAUAUUCCUGCUCAGUAUCUUAGUCACAAAGAAGUCUCUUCUGUUCACUCUCAUGUGAAACAAGUGACAUAAAACAAAGUAAGUGAUUUCUGCAAGACAGCAACUGUUUUCUUGUCUUUUCUUUCCUUUUCUGUUGCUCUCUCUCUCUCUCUCUCUCUCUCUCUCUCUCUCUCUCUCUCUCUCUCUCAGAGAGAGAGAGAGAGAGAGACUGUAGCCGCUAGAGUCCACUCUCGGCUUAGAGUAACAUCACAUUCUGUCUCUCUGUCUGUCACUUUUUCCUCUGUCUGUCUGUCUGUCUGUCUCUCUUCCUCCCGCCCUCUCUCCUCGCUCAGUCCAUCUCAAUUAAUACUCUCCCACCUCCCUUCGAGGGCCUAUUAUACAUUAGCCCUCUAAAUCCAAUCUCAUGGAAAUUGCCAGAGAGUCUAUAACGCUGCCAGUUUGACUGACACACCGCUGGACUUCAGGGCGAAGAAUAGCUGAGCACCUACACAUGCAAAACAUACAUACACGGACACACUGGAGUGGUCAGCCACACGCUCAAUACGUUACUGAACAUGAAACACACACACACACACACACACACACACAAAGCUGAGCUGUAGAGAAUGCUUUUGAAUACACACAGAUGAUUUAUUGUUAUACAGUACACAGGCAAAGAAAGAGAGGGUGUGUGUGUGUGUGUUUAGGGGGGAUGCUCUCUUUUGGUGACAGCGGCUGCAGAUUGUUCCAUGGACAGACCUGUCAUCAUCCCAGUCAAAUUAUUCUGAUUGGCUGCUGAUUUCCUGAUGGCGUCCCUCUGUGUG